AAUGUAGAAAGAGAUAGUCGGUGGCUGUUGUUGGUGCGUGCGUUUAUGCUUCCCUUCAGCAUCACUUUCAGCGCCUUUUUUCAUUUCUACGUUCCGCACAAUACGAAUCAUCCAUAAUUUACAUAUAAUUAAGACGGAACUUGGCAUUUAUAUCGUCGAGGGUAAUACAAAGCUCGUAAAAAAAUGUCUUGUUGCGGUGCCGACGACGACGAAGAACAACAACGCACAGAGACGCCACGGAUACGAGGAUGUACCGACAUUUUCUGGCUUUGUCUCUUCAUAGCGUUCUGGUUCUUAAUGAUAUUAAUCGCAGCUUUUUCAUUUGUAUAUGGUGAUCCUAUAAGGCUUGUAAAUGGAUAUGAUAGUUUUGGUAACACUUGUGGUGUAAAAAAUAAUCAAAAAUUUGGAAGUAUGGAACUAUCUGGUCAAGAUACUAAUGACAAACCUUACUUAUUUUUCAUGGAUGUUGCCAACAUUAUGCAAUCCUUAAAAAUAUGCGUUAAAAAAUGUCCCCAUCGUUCUUUAUUCAACAUGCACGACGUGUGUAAUUUUUACGAAGAGACUGGGUCGCAAUUGUGCCACGAUAAACCUGGUAGUGGAUUUAGCGCUUGUAAAGGCAAUGGCAAUACGAAAAAUAUUACUGGCUCGUGUCCAGUAUUUCCAGUUCAUGAGAGCAAACCUAUACUUAAUCGUUGCAUUCCUAAGGCAGUGACGAGUGCUACAAAGUCAGUAGCUUCUAACGUGUAUGGUUUAAUUAAUUCUUGGGAUAUAUUUGAACAAAUCUUAGGAGAUCUGUAUAAGACAUGGAGAGAAAUUUUAGCUCUAUCAUUUUUAUCUUUUGUCCUGUCUCUUUUUAUGAUUGCUAUUUUCCACUUAUUAGCAAGCGUUGUGACUGUGAUAGUAGUGUUAUUAGUGGCUAUAGCUAGUAUAGCUGGGACUGGUUUAUUGUGGCGGACAUUCUACGAUAUUGAUCAUCAAUUGGUCGAUAAGCUUCCCUAUGAAUUUUUAGAAGAAUCUCUAAAAAAUAAAAAUGUAUUCUUAGCUCUCGCUAUUAUUGCAUCUGUGAUAACGAUAUGCUUGCUUGUUCUUAUGGUUUUCGUGAAGAAGCAAAUUAAUUUUAUGAGAGAUUUAUUUAAAGAGAGUGCGAAAUGUUUAUCAGAAUUACCAGGACUCUUUUUCCAACCUUUACUAACUUUCGUUGCACUACUUAUAUUUUUUGCAUUUUGGAUUUUAGUUAUUCUUUGUCUUGCUACUGCAAAUUAUCCAGAUACAAAAGCAAUGAAUCCCAUUGACACGUUAAGCUUAAAUCCAACUAUCAGUGGCAAACCUUUGGAUGACAAUCAAAAACCACUGGAUAUUCCACUAAAUGAUUAUAAAACGUUUACUCUCGUUGAAUAUGCUGACUCAACAUGGGUAAAGUAUAUGUGGUGGGUUUAUAUUAUUGGAUUGAUUUGGGUUUCUGAAUUUAUCACUGCCUGCCAAAAUAUGGUAAUAUCUGGCGCCGUUGCUCGUUGGUAUUUUCGGGGUAAAAAUGCAAAUGCAUCGCCAAUUUGUUCAUCGAUGAGUAUGUUGGUUACUUACCAUCUGGGCUCGGUAGCGUGUGGCUCAUUAUUAAUAACAAUCUUCAAAUUACCACGAUUGAUUUUGACUUAUUUACAUACGAAAUUUCAAAAAAAUAAAGAAGCCUCGGCUCCCGUGCAAUGUAGCUUAAGAUGUUGCGGCUGUUGUUUUUAUUGCCUAGAAAGGUUUAUUCGUUACAUGAAUCAUAAUGCUUAUACUGUGGUAGCAAUUGAAGGGACGCAUUUUUGUAAUGCAGCACGAAUUGCAUUUAAUACGAUUGUAAGCAACGCUCUUCAAGUAGCAAUAAUCAACGGAGUAGGUGAUUUUGUGCUCUUUCUGGGAAAAUGUUUUGUAACUGCGGCAACUGGAAGCAUUGGUCUACUUUUCUUGCGACAAGAUCCUAAAUUACAUUUCUACGCAGUUCCAAUAUUUAUUACUUGUAUUUUUGCAUUCUUCAUAUCUCACUGCGUGAUUUCACUUUAUGAGACUGUGUUGGACACGCUGUUCUUAUGCGUUUGCGAAGACAAAAACCUAAAUGGGGACAACGGAAAAUGGCGUCAAUCCGCAUUAGCCCAGCUACUUUCUAAUUCCAACGCUAAUGGACAACAAUCUCACGAGCUUGCCCCUAUGAACAGUUAAGAUAAUUGUAUACUCUGCAAUAAGUAUUGUAAGGCUGUUCCGUUUUAGAAUAACUGCAUCUUCUCUAUGUAAACAUAUUAUGACUUAUUGUUGUAAGAAAAUGCAAUGCACAAAUUUUGCG